UCCAAACGGAGCUUAGUGUUUUAUACGUCCGCUGACUCUGGCCGUCUGUCCACGCAACCGCAACCGCAACCCAUCACUACUCUCUCUCUCCCCUAAUUUUCCGUCUCCUGCUAUACAUCUCUCUAAACCCUAGAGAACAAUCAAUUCCAGGUAGGGUUUAGAUAGAGCCUAAGAUCAAAUUCGAUUAUCGAAUUUCCGGUUCUGUUUCAUUGCUCCCAUCGCGAAUAUCCCGGAAAUGGAUCUCCCUAGCCUCACCGUGAUCCUUCAGGCUGCUCUUAGUCCCAACCACGAUGAACGCAAAGCUGCUGAGCUAAGCCUCAAUCAGUUUCAGAACACACCACAGCAUCUUGUGAGACUGCUGCAGAUAAUUGUAGACAAUAACUGCAACUUGGCUGUGCGGCAAGUUGCUAGUAUUCACUUCAAGAACUUCAUUGGCAAAAACUGGGCACCUCACGAUCCAGAUGAGCCGCAGAAGAUAUCCCAGAGUGACAAAGAUAUGGUGAGAGAUCAUAUUCUCGUGUUUGUUGUGCAAGUUCCUCCUCUUUUGAGGGUACAGCUUGGUGAGUGCAUCAAGACUAUUAUCCAUGCUGAUUACCCGGAGCAGUGGCCACACCUUCUUGACUGGGUGAAGCAUAACUUGCAGGAUCAGCAAGUUUAUGGAGCUUUGUUUGUGUUGCGGAUUCUUGCUAGAAAAUACGAGUUCAAAUCAGACGAAGAGAGGGCACCAGUUCAUCGCAUUGUUGAUGAGACAUUUCAUAAUCUUCUCAAUAUAUUCAACAGGCUUGUCCAGAUUGUAAACCCUUCAUUGGAAGUGGCUGAUUUGAUCAAGCUUAUUUGCAAAAUAUUCUGGUCAUCUAUAUAUUUGGAGAUCCCAAAGCAGCUUUUUGAUCCAAUUGUUUUCAAUGCCUGGAUGAUUUUGUUCUUAAAUGUUUUGGAGAGGCCUGUCCCCCAAGAAGGCCAGCCUAUGGAUCCUGAGCUCAGAAAAUCAUGGGGGUGGUGGAAGGUGAAAAAAUGGACAGUUCACAUUUUAAACAGGCUCUAUACUAGGUUUGGAGAUUUGAAACUUCAAGAUCCAGAGAACAAAGCUUUUGCUCAACUGUUUCAGAAGAAUUAUGCUGGGAAAAUUUUGGAAUGUCACUUGAAUUUAUUGAAUGUGAUCCGUGUUGGUGGAUAUUUACCUGAUAGAGUCAUCAACCUUAUUCUUCAGUAUCUAAGCAACAGUAUCUCGAAGAGUAGUAUGAACAGUUUGCUGCAACCUCGACUCGACGUUCUGCUGUUUGAGAUAGUUUUCCCUCUAAUGUGCUUCAAUGAUAAUGAUCAGAAGCUCUGGGAAGAAGAUCCACAUGAGUAUGUAAGGAAGGGUUAUGAUAUUAUUGAAGAUUUAUAUAGUCCAAGGACUGCUUCCAUGGAUUUUGUCAGUGAGUUGGUUAAGAAGCGUGUGAAAGACAACCUUCACAAGUUUAUUCAAUUCAUUGUGGAGAUUUUUAAGAGAUAUGAUGAAGCACCAGUUGAAUAUAAACCCUAUCGCCAAAAGGAUGGUGCUUUACUGGCUAUUGGGGCACUUUGUGAUAAACUGAAGCAGACUGAACCAUACAAAUCUGAGUUAGAGCCUAUGUUAGUGAAGCAUGUUUUCCCUGAGUUCUGUAGUCCUGUUGGUCAUCUUAGAGCCAAGGCAGCAUGGGUGGCGGGGCAAUAUGCUCACGUUAACUUCUCAGAUCCAAAUAAUUUCCGUAAAGCAUUGCAUAGUGUUGUUUCUGGUUUGCGUGAUCCGGAGCUUCCUGUCCGUGUUGAUUCAGUUUUUGCAUUGCGAUCCUUUGUUGAAGCUUGCAGAGAUUUAAAUGAGAUACGCCCGAUCCUUCCUCAACUACUUGAUGAGUUCUUCAAACUUAUGAAUGAGGUUGAGAACGAGGACCUUGUUUUCACACUAGAGACUAUAGUGGACAAAUUUGGGGAAGAGAUGGCGCCCUAUGCUCUUGGAUUAUGCCAGAAUCUGGCUGCUGCGUUUUGGAGGUGUAUGAACACUGCUGAAGCAGAUGAUGAAAUGGACGACCCUGGGGCUUUGGCUGCAGUUGGUUGUUUACGUGCUAUAAGCACAAUUCUUGAAUCAGUCAGCAGACUUCCCGACCUUUUUGUCCAAAUUGAGCCAACUUUGCUUCCUAUAAUGCGCAGGAUGCUGACAACUGAUGGUCAAGAGGUCUUUGAAGAAGUUUUGGAGAUUGUUUCAUAUAUGACAUUUUUCUCUCCGACAAUAUCUCUGGAUAUGUGGUCUCUUUGGCCUUUGAUGAUAGAUGCAUUAGCAGAUUGGGCUAUUGACUUCUUUCCAAAUAUUCUUGUCCCUUUGGACAAUUAUAUAUCCAGGGGAACACAGCAUUUUCUUAGUUGCAAGGAACCAGACUACCAACAGAGCCUAUGGAAUAUGAUUUCUUCCGUCAUGGCUGACAAAAAUUUAGAGGACAAUGAUAUUGAGCCUGCUCCUAAGCUCAUUGAAGUAGUUUUCCAGAAUUGCAGAGGUCAGGUGGAUCAAUGGGUGGAGUUUUGUCUGAGAAUCACUGUUGAGCGGUUGCGUCGAGCGGAGAAGUCAUACUUAAAAUGUCUUCUCAUACAAGUGAUUGCAGAUGCUCUUUACUAUAAUGCAGCUUUGACUCUCAGCAUAUUACAUAAACUUGGUGUUGCCACAGAGAUCUUUAAGCUUUGGUUCCAAAUGUUGCAGCAAGUGAAAAAGAGUGGUGGUCGGGCUAAUUUUAAAAGGGAACAUGAUAAGAAAGUUUGCUGCUUGGGAUUGACAUCACUCCUUACACUCCCUGCCGAUCAGGUAUCGGGAGAGGCAUUGGGCCGCAUUUUCAAUGCCACUCUUGAUCUGCUAGUUGCAUACAAGGAUCAAGUUGCAGAAGCUGCAAAAGAGGAGGCCGAAGAUGACGAUGAUAUGGAUGGCUUCCAAACUGAUGAUGAAGAUGAUGAUGAUGGGUCAGACAAGGAAAUGGGAGUUGAUACGGAGGAUGGCGAUGAAGCUGACAGCAUUAGGCUUCAAAAACAUGCUGCACAGGCAAAGGCUUUCCGGCCUAAUGACAAUGACGAUGACGAUGACGACUCAGAUGAUGACUACAGCGAUGAUGAAGAGUUUCAGUCACCUAUUGAUGAGGUGGAUCCUUUUAUUUUUUUUGUGGAUGCUGUCAAAGCUAUGCAAGCAUCGGAUCCAUUGAGGUUUCAGACCCUUACGCAGACACUUGACUUCCAUCAUCAGGCACUUGCAAAUGGUGUUGCCCAGCAUGCUGAACGCCGGAGAGCAGAGAUUGAAAAGGGAAAGAUGGAAGAGGCAUCCGCUGCUGCUGGUGCUUCAUAACUUGGUUUAAGAUGCAAGUGUGGCUCAGUUUUGCUUUGCUCUCCUGGUUCUUUGCUUUAUGACAUUCUUUUGGUGAUGGUUUAAUGAAAUUCGAGAGUUGUUGCUGUCCUUUCACAGCAUUUGGUCAGUAGUGAGCCCUGGAAAAUGUGGCAAUAUGCUUGAAGCUUUGCUUGACGAAGUUCCAGUGGUGGGACGGGUGUGAUUAAGAGAACUCCUGGAAAUGGGUCUAUUCCUAACCAUGGUUUUGGUUAGUCAUUGUCUGGCGAGUUGGGCCAUUCUAUGGCAGAGUGUGCCCGUCUUGACCAGUUGCGUCUUUCCUCAUUGUGAUCCCUGUUGUUUUGGUCUGUCAUUUGUUGGGGUCUAAAUCCCCUAUUGAUUUAGGAACCCAUGGAUCUGCUUUUGCGGUUAAAAGCAGUGAGGGUUCAUGCAUACAUAAUCCUUCCAGCCAUGUAUCAUGGAUGUAAAUUGUUGGGGGUGGUUGAUGGCUGUAAUGAUAAAUUUUUGGUGAUGUUAGCUGUAUUAUUUUUUCGUUCCUCUAUUCUUUUUCAUCUCCCCCGUUUCGUGGGUAUAGUCCGUCUAUGAAUUUCAGUGGAAUACUACGGAAUAUUGGUUUAGUGGGACUUGAAGUUUUGGGUUCAAUACAGAUGGCUUUCCAAGCGUAGCUUGCUGCUGAUUGUAAAACGUUACAUAUUCUUUACAAGGUGAAUUAGUGGAAAGGAAUUGAUUUGUA